UUAUGCACUGGGAGAUCUUCUGAGCACAAUAGCCUCAUGAGUAGACAGAAAUGUCUUUAAAAACCACGAACAGGAUUUGUAAAUUUUAAACGAAAAGCGAACCUAUUUUUCAUCCUUAAAUUAAUCUAGGUAGGUGGCAUAUGGUUUACAAAUAUACAUUAUCAUACGUUAUAAUUUUUGGUUAUUUACUAUUUUUUAAAUAUAUUUUAUAAGUUUAGAAGAUAAGGGAAUUAUGUAAUUUUAAAACUUUUAUUGUUAUUUUAGUCUGGCAAUAUGAUUUAAAUGAUUUAAUUAAUCACUUAGACUUACUAAGUCACUUAGCCUUUUCAGUUUUUAAUUUAUAUAAAUUUAUAUAUAAAUUAAAUGCAAUACACUUGAAUAGAGAAAAUUGACUGAUAUCCCAAAGAAUUUAAAAAAAAAACAACAACAAAGCACAAACAAAAAAAUCUCUGAGUCUGAGAUCAAAUUUCUAAUUCUAGUUCAAAGUCAAGUGGUUCAAAGGUUAUAUUUAUUAAUUUUUUUUUUUGUGAGGACAUCAUGUAGGCCCUAAUGUACUAUUUUUUUUAUUUUUACCAUUGAGUUUUCCUCCACAUUUUUUAUUUUUUAACCCAUUUUUAUAUAGCUCAUCACUUUCUUUCGCCCAUAUUUCUUGAAUAUUUCUUAAUGGAAAAAUGUCAUAUGAAUUUACAGGAUUUGUUAAUAAUAUUAUACAUUUAUGAAUGAAAGUAUGUGUAAUAGAAUAUUUAGAAAGCGUUUUCAAAGAUUUUAAAUAAUUUACAAAAAAAUAAAAUCUUAUUUUAACAAAAUAUAAAUUCAAUAAAUUGGACAUUUUUUAAUGAAAAUUAAUCAUAUCUAAAUAAAUAUUAAAGAUAAAAAGCUCAAAUUUGAUGUGGUGUUGCAACUUAGCCUUACCAGAAAUUAAAAAAAUGGCCGGCUACACUUAGAAAGAAUGACAGACGAGUGAAGAGGGUACAUCACCAAAACCCAAGGGGAAAACGGUUCAAAGACAGACCUAGGCUUAGAUGGAUAGAUGAUGUGGAAAAAGAUCUACAGCAACUGGGAAUCCAAGCAUGGAAAAGAAAAGCUUUAGUUAGAUCUGAGUGGAAGAAAGUAGUGAGGCAGGCCAAAGCCCUUCAUGGUCAUGGGCUGUAGCACCACAGGGAUGGAUGGUUGCAACUUAUUAAUUAAAAAAGUAAACAAGUAUUAGCAUUAGAAAAGAGAAAAAGAAAAACGAUGACAUUAUCAUUGAUUCUCAAAUGGCUAAAAUCAAGGAGUAAGUCCUACACAUAGUACCCAUAGCAUGCUAAAAUAGCAUGGAUACAAGUACAAGUCCUAUAAAAGUAUUCAAUCAAUUUAGUAUAUGAAAAUUUAAAAUUUCAAGCUUGCAGCUAAAAGUUAUAAUAAAUGUAUCCUUAUUUUUGGUUCAAUGAGUCCAAGCAAAAGUUUGAUGUUUGGAGUAAUUUAAACCAUAUACAUUAGACUAAAUUUUUUAGCUUGUAAAUGUUCAUUAUUUUGGGCUAAUCAGGUCAUUUUUUUAAAUUAGCUAAUCCAUAACAAUAUGUAUCUACUUUAUCUUUAGAUCCUAUCAGCGUUCUUACAACUUAAUCCAUUUAUUUGCAGAUUCUUCAUGAAUUAUUAUUAGAAUGACACAGAAAUCCUUAGAAUCACUGCCCAUUGACAUUCAUUACAAUAAACUAUUGGGUGAGUAGAGAUCUAUAACUAUAAUAAAAGUAUUUUAUUUAAAUUUUGAGGCAUAUUAUUUUUCUUUGAUCUUAAAAAAUAUAAGUUCCAUAUGCAUUGUUUACUAUCUUUAAACUGCUUCUUCAUUACUAAAUAUUCUCUCUCAACAAGAAGGUAUUUUUAUAAACUUGUUUUUCAAACUUUUGUACCUUGCUUUUUAGCUUUAUUUUUUAUCUUAUUAAGUUUGACAUCUCUUUACUUUUUUCCUCACAUAGAAUGGCUUGUUAAUAGACGUCAUUGUAAUCAACAAUUCCAAGCCUUUAUCACAGUCAUAAGGGAAAAGAUGGUCAAAGCCAGAGACUUGACACUAGCUGAGGAGAUAAAGGAUAAAGACACUCAAGAGCUUUUAUCAUUAACACGUAUAGACUGACAGUUUGAACAAAAUACUCACAAAAUAUUUUAAUGUUUUUAAAUUUCAAAUAAAAGAAUCUAAAUAAGUUAUUUACAUUUCAAUAGACUCUAAUAUUGGUGUUUUUCAAACAUUUCUGACUAAUUAUUGUUAAAUACUAUUUUCCCAUAUAUUAUUGCAGAACUGAAUUACUUCCAAGUAAAACAGUUAGUUGAGCACCUCAAAUCUUCAGACAUUGGCAAGAAAAACUUAUUAGGGCAGUAUACUUCACAGUGUAUGAAGGUAACUGUUUAAUACAUAAGUAAUAAGAGUUCCUCUAAAAAACAAAUUCUCUGCUUUACAUUUGAUUCUCAUCUAUAAAACCUCCAUUUAAUUGGAAGUUUAGCUGAAAUCACCAUUUGAUAGGACAGUAAUGCCAAACCUUCAUUUGAUUGGACAGUUUAGCAGUAGUGUUAAGUGUCCCCCCUUUAAAUGUUUCAUUUAUUAACUGCUUGGAAAUUCUCCAGUAAUGAAUAGAUAAAACAUAUUAUUGACAUUGUUUAUUGACAUUCAUGGCCUUGACCUAUACCUUAUAAAAAGUUAGAUAUAAUAGCUGAGGUUAAUCUCUAGCAUAUGAGUUUAGCACAUUAGGCAUCUAUCUAUUUACUGGACCAUGUUAGACUAAGGGUAUUUCUUAACUCCAGGGUUUUAAAGUAAAUUAAAUAUAACUUAUAACUGGAUUGAUUUAUUGUUCUUUCUGUACCUGAGAAAAAACUACAUCGCCUAUACAACAUCUGACAUAGUAAUUUUAAAAAACUUCAUUUUUUAAUAUAUAACGUAAGAUUUAUGAAAGAGACAACUUCAAAUGUGCUUAAAGUGUGUUUAGAAAGUAGUUCAAUAUCAUAUAAAAUCUAGUUUGUCAACAGUUUUUAAAACACAACAUUAUUGUUUUGAUAUUGACUUACUUUACAAAAGUAAAUAAACUAAUAAAUUUGGCGCUUUAAAUGUUAGAAUAGUAUCUUGGUGUAUUUGACCUGCUAAUUCCAAAUAUGGCAUCUGUUUUCCCCUAACAGCUCAAGUUUUUGAGAUACUGGACAAAUGCCAUUUUCAAUAUGAAUAAAUUACACUGGCUAACACAAAAUUUGGCAUGCCUUAAAUUGUAGAUUUGUUUUAGAUAUAUUUGACCCGCUGAUUAAAAAUUCAUAAUUUGAAAGUUAAGAUACCGGUAUUUUUUUAUUUUCAAUAAAUUAUCACUUAUGUUUUACUAUUAUUAAUUCAUUAUAAGAUUUAUUGGGAAAACCCAAACAUCAGUGGAGGUUUUUAAUUGCGUUGUUAAUAUUGGGAAAUUAAAUUUAGAUACAUGUUAUCCAAAUGUCUUCAAACUAUAUAAGAUUAAAAAAUCGUGAGUCACAGAUUUUUUACCCCUCCUCCCCCCUGUCACAAAGUAUCACAAAUUCUCCACCCCCCCACCCCCUGAGCGUGAUGUAAUGUACACAUGUUUAUAAUAAAAGUACAUAUAUUUUCCAUCUAAAUAAUAAUGUGUUUUUAUGAUAUCCUUGUUCAGGCAAAUUGAAUUAUAUUGAGUAAAACUAAAUUUUCCUAUAUUCAACACUAUAAAACUAGAGCUGUUAAGAUAUUUAUUUAUAUAUCGGAUUAUUUUACCUUGUUUUUCUCUCUGAUUUUUUUAAGGAAUGGUCUGACAUUCUGAAGCUGUAUGAGAAAGAUGGUACUUUUUUAGGUAAGCUAUAAAUGACUUCCCCACUCUAUUUCUAAACAUUUAAAAAUUAAAGGAUGCAUGUAACAGCCCUAAACAUUUGAAAUGAAUCACAUCUUUUACAUGAAUGACCAUGUUUGAGGAUAUUGAUGUGAAAGUUGAAAAUUAUUUGAUCUCACCGUUGACAAUUAUUUAAUCACACUGUUGACAAUUAUUUAAUUUCAAUUUUGACAAUUAUUUUCUCACCAUGUGCAGCUGAGACUGCCCAGCUCAUUGUUCGCAAUGUCAACUAUGAAGUGCCUGCUCUUAAGAAACAAAUCAGUAAAUGUCAACAGACUCAGAAGGUACAUUUAUUUAUCCAUAAUAUUAUAAUAUAUAAUAAUAUUAAAUUAUGAUUAUUAAACUUAUACUUGUGUUCAUAAUUGCAAUAAAAAGAUAUGCUAAAAAUAUUUUUCUAAGGCGUGAACUUAUUUUGUGCAAAAGUGGGUCUCUAUCUCUCUCUUUCUUUUUUUUUUUAAAAUCAUGUUAUGUUUGUUUUGUUGCCUCUGGCAAAUAUUUCUUCUUUUUAAACCAAAAUUUCAUGGUGAAUUCAUUACAAAAUCUGAAGCAUCGAUUCGUGUCCAGUCUCAAUUUUCAGUUUUCUAUAACUGACAAUUAUUAAUUAUUUUAUAAUUAAGGAGUGCACACGUAAGCAACAUGAAUAUGCUGCCAGCUCGGCAGACUUGCGGAAACAGUAUGCAGCUUCCUGUAAGCAGUUAGGAAUUGAGGUAAAAAAAAUGCAACUCCCAUCAUUGGGUUCAAAUUCUAAAAAUGUUAUUCAUAAUAAGAUAAAAAUUCCCCUUAUCAAAGGAAAUACCAAAAAAGUUCCUUUUAAAAUUCCCUUAACUUUUUUCCUGUACUUUGUAAAUUUUGAAGCCGAUUUGUUAAUAAUGUUAAAUCUCAACUAAUGUUGAAGACAGAGGGACAUAGUAUUAAUCAGACAGAUGAGUCAGCAUUUCAAAUUAUUUCUAUUUGGUAGUUUUGUUGUGUAAAUUAUUGAAGUUAAGGAUAUUAGUGUGCAGUAAAAAAAAAAUGUAUUAUCUAUUAUUGCAUACACCCAUCCAGUCCAUGUAGGCCGUCGACCUGCCUCACCACUUCCUUCCACUCAGGCCUAAUUAACGCUUUUCUUUUCCAUUUAUCAUGAUACCUGAAAGAAAUACAAUCCUGUCUCCAUUCAGUUUGCUUCUUUUUGAUUUUGUCAUCAGGGAAAGCAGAUAAAAUCAGAACUUGCCAGUUUGGUCAAAGAUCUCCCAUCUGAGCUGAGUAAAUUUGCUGUGUCCGCAAAAUCGUUAGAAGAAGCUGUACAAUUUUAUGACAAGUUUACCAAGUUUGUCUGCAACAAGUAAGUCUGUAACUAACCCUAAUAUGUCUUUUCAUUGUCAAAUAACUGAGUUUUAACAUUAGGUACCAUCAUUAAUCAGUUUAUCAAUUAGUUUAUCAAUCAUCAAUCAGUUCAACAAUCAGUGUAUAAAUCAGUUUAUCAAUCAGUUCACCAAUCAGUUUAUCAACCAGUUCACCAAUCAGCGUAUAAAUCAGUUUAUCAAACAGUUUACCAAUCAGUCUAUCAAUCAGUUUAUCAAUCAGUGUAUCAAUCAGUUUAUCAAUGAAUUACCUAAGUUAAAUUUUGUAUACUUAUCCUGCUAUUCUUUAUAACACUAUUUAUUACAACUGAUUAUCAAAGUGAGUCUGCGUCUGCUGAAAACGUCAGACUGUUGAAGCACAUACUUAGCAAAGGAAACACCAGCACAUAUGAAUGGAGGACAGGACAACCACCAACUCGUACCGACCAUCAGGAGAUCGCCAUCGACUUGUCUGAUGAGCAAGAUGCUGCUGCCAAUGGUAAUACCUUAGUGCCUUAAAGAGUUGUUUCAUAUAAUAGAGCAACUAAUUUGUAAUAUGGCAACUUAACCUAGAAUUGGGAUCCAUUGGAAUCUUUAAAAUACAUAUAAAAUAUGUAGAUGUGUCUGUAAUGAAUAGAAUUCAAUUAGUAUUUUAACAUUUCUAACCAUAUCUGUGGUUGUACAAAUAAGGUAGUUUCAAAAAAAAAAAAUUUAAUCAGAAUUUUUUUUUUUUUGCCAUAUAAUAAAUGCUACAUCUCUCAUUUCGAAGUUGUGUUCUGAACAUCUGGCUUAUUGCCAUAGAUGUUACAAAUUAAUUAUUGUGCACAUUUCUACUUGUUUCUACACAUAAUAAGCCCAAGUCAGGCCUUCCUUGCCUUGUUAGUUGUUGGUCCAUCACAAUGAUAGUAACAAAAUGUCCUUUCAUGUAUUUUAAUGAACUAUCUUAUUUUUUCCCUACUCUUAGGGACCAAUGAUGUGAUUGACUGGGGAGCCACUGAUGCAGGGGGGGCCACUGACUUGGGAGAAAACACCAUAGAUUUUGACUUAGGGGACAUAACUGUGGAGAGUGGUGGAGUUUUGGCAGCUGAUGGGGAGGUAAGAGAACAUGUUGAUUGCACCAUCACACCAUGACUGCCCCAUCACAACAUGUCUGCUCCAUCACAACUUGACUCCACCAUCACAAUAUGAAGGCCUGAUUAGUAUUUGUGUGUUUAAUCCUGAUAUAGUCCUGUGUUGAGUGAAACUUUUUUUUUAAUGUGUAUUUCUUGGGAUUAUAACUAACAAAAUAUUUUAAUGUCAUGCCAGAGUUAACAUAUACCUGGAAAGUAAUGUAAAUAAUGGUUAAUGUCAGGGAAGAAAUUGUCAUAUUUCAGGAGUUGGGAGCCAAUAGCUUUUUUACUUUGUUUCACCUCUUAGUCAAAAUGUGAAAUCAGCAAAUAUUUUUAUUUUGAGGGAGCUUAUUAAAAAAAAUCAGGAAAACACACAAAAAAAUAUUUGAUCAUUAAGUAACAAAUGAGAAGGUAUGCUUUCUUUUUCAAUGCAUUUUUAAUAAUAUGAAAAUGUAGUAUUUUAAGAGUGUGUUCCUGUAUGAAAUAGUCCCUCUAUGAAAUGUCCUCAUAUGAAAUGUUCGUUAUGGAAUGUUCCCCGUAGGUUGUCUUAGAGAACCCUGACAUUGACACAAUAGAUUGGGGAGCUGUAGGGGACAUCACUCCAAUAGAAUCCACAGAGAUAGGUCAAGAGUCAGGGGUUGCGACAGGGAAGGAUGCCCUGAGUGUUAUUGACAACCCAGAGACCAGAAACAAUUUUAUUGAUGACCUGCUCGAGGUGAGUACCCCAUACAUUCUCUUUUAGCCCGGUUCUAGAAUCAUUCUGAUCUUUUCCAUGGCUCUUUUAGUACUGCUAGGUAAAGUAUCUAGACAGGUUACCACUGUCAGUAAGAUAAUAGCACACUGAUGAUGUUCAAAGUUUUAAAUCCUAGCAACACAUUAACCACGCACCAAUUAAUGAACAGAAUCCUCCCAAUAUUGAAAGAUGUGAAAAUUAUAGAUGCAUUUUUUUGUUUGUCUAUUGUACAAAAUGUCUCUCUUUGUAAAACCCCAUCUUCACAGCUGAAAGCAUUUUUAACUCAAAGAGCCCACGAGGUUGCACAUGACACAGGAGAUGCCAGUCACAUGUCGUCUGCCCCAAGUGAUAUUCACAUUGACCUCGACAAGGUCACCACCAUGUUGACCAAGGUGAAGGAUAUCUUGGAUAAACUGACCAGUGUCCAGAUGCAGCAUCUCAUGUUGAUUAGGGACUCCCCCAGGUUGGUCCAUGAUUUCUGUUAAGUCUGUAUGAAUCUUGUCUGUCUUUGUCUGCUCACUCCUCUUCCUUCUAUUUCUUGCAGUGGUUCUGUCUGUGUUUGUAAGCAUCAUAUAUUAAUAUACACCUAGCUUGACUUACGACCUAAGUAAUGUACAAACAUUCAAAUUUACGACCACAAACACUAGCCAUACUGUAUUAGAUUUCAGAUUUAUUAAUGCCUUAAUUAUCAGUCGAACGACGUCUGCAAUCAUCAGCGGUCUUGUACAUCAAAAAUUAUGAUUCAUAACAAUAAUAAAAUAAAUUUAUGAAAAAAUGUAACUUAAAUAUUUUUAUAACAUCACUUUACAUUACUGUACUCAUAGCAUACUCAGCUUAAGACCAAAUCGUGUUACGGCCGGUCUGUCGGAACCAAUCGUGGUCGUAAGUCGAGCACUAACUGAAUACUUUAACUAAUGGUUUUAACUCAUUUCAUUUUGAUAUGUCAAGUGUGGAAUAUGUAUAGGUAUCAUAACACUUGUUAAUGAAGAUGCCUAACCUUGAACUGGUCUUGCUCCGAACUUUGCAAGCGCCCAUGUCCAUUGCUGUUUAGUUUUUGGCCUACUGAUAGAUUGUGUUGCAACAUUUAUCCAGCAUGCCCAUGUAUAAACCCCAAUAAGUGGAUCACCUAUUUUGAAAAAUGUAUCCACUGAUUCCAUCAUAUUUCCACCAGAUACGUGGAUCGCCUUCGUGACUCUUUAAAACAGAAGCUUUCACUGGCCGACAAGUUUGUGCUGAGUGAGAAAGAAAUGGCUGCGGCAUGGAAGGAAGCAGUGGAUGAAGAGAAGGAGCUGGAACCCCAAUUGGAACUCUUGAGGAAACAAACCAAAGUCUUGAAGAAACAGGUUGGCUACAUCUAACUCGUCAGCCCUUUAGUUUAUCAGAACUUUGUGCUUUUGGCUACAUCUAACUCAUCAGCCCUUAAGUUUAUCAGAACUUUUUACUGUUGGUUUACAUAUGAAAUCCUUGGCACAUAAUUUAUCAGAACUUUGAUUUUUACAAUUUGAUUGAUUUUGUAAUUUUUUUUAAAAGAGUGACAUGGUCACAAAGAACUAACGUUGCCAAUGAAUUAUUUUAAUCAUCAUUUAAAAAUAAGAAUAAGUAAAAAAAGAGAGAAACAAAUUGAAUGGCAAAAGAUUUGUUGACUGAAUUUUCAUAAAUUGAACUUUGAUAUCAUUGUUUUGCAUUCAAUGAAGUUUAUUUGAAUUAAUUGAUUUAAAAACUUAUUCAUUUUUGUGUCAGUUGGAGGAGGAGAUAUCUAAGAAGUACAAUGAGAGGAGAGUGAACAUCAUUGGAGAAAUCAACACAUUGUGAGACAAGUGAACAUCAUUGGAGAAAUCAACACAUUGUGAGACAAGAUAUCAGCAACCUUUAGCUUAUUUUAUUCGCUUCAUCCAAUUUCAAAGUUUGCUGAUUUAACGCAGGAAAAUAAUUUUAAUUAAAGCAAAAAUGAUGCCGGUAGUGUGACCAGUGACAAUUUUUUAUGGUAAGAUAUUUGAGGCACCUUUCAUGUCCUGGAUUAGGACGUUACUAGGUCAGCGACUCUUGUUGAAACACAACUCACCUCUUACACACCUUAGUCACCACUGGAUUUUUCUCGUGGUUACAAAAUGAUUUAAAAAAUUCAUCCCAGAUCCAGGUAAUUAAAUUUGCAUGUAUUUGUGACUCAUUUUUAUCAGUUUAAAAAAAAAAAAUUAAUUUUUAUUUCAUUCCAACAAAUACUUUGUUAUGGAUUUUUGGGAAUAAAAUUUCACAAAGAUUACAAUAACAAUUUUUUGUUUUUUUUUAAUUUUAAAUAUAAUAAGUGCUUCAGGGUUGUUCAAAGAAUAAAUUGUUGUAAAACUUUUGUGGACCAAUUUUAUGGUUUAUUUGAAAACAGUAAUGUCAUGAAAUAAACCACUGCCAAAGUAAAUGGUCCAAUUAUUUUUGAAAGACAAUAAAUUAUCAAAUAACAACUGUCUUGACAAAAUUUUAACCACUUUUUAUUCACUCUCUUGGAUAAAUAAAUUUUGGGGGUAAACCGAAUUAUUUUAUCUUUGUGGUAUGGCAGAAUUAUUUGAUAAAAUUAUGUUAUUUACCCUGUGGUAUUAUAUAAUCAUUUUUUAAAAAGUUUUUAUAAGAUAACACAUUUGUUAUUAAAUGUAAAGGAAAUACGGAGAGGACUGCGUUCAGGUAUCUAAAUGUAUCUUGAUUUUUAUAAUUAUGUAAAAUGUUAUUGGAGUCAAAUAAAUUGACAAAGUCCUCAAACUGUAAUCAUAAAAUUGAAUGGGUUUGACUUUGACUUAAUCAGGGACAAAAUACUUUUGGAACUGUAACUUUUAAAAAAUUUCACUGAUAAAUAAAGUGUGCAUAGUUCCUGUUAAAAGGUGAAGUAAUUAAAUGCAAAUUGAAUUCAUCAUCAGAAAUUCAUAAAAUGAAAAAAUAUUUGUUUCCAUUUCACCUUGAUGUUCCAUUUAUCCAUAGGGAAAUAAAUAAUUAUGGAUAAAAUGGAAUUUUAAAAAAAAAUUCAAAUCCCUGAAGUGAGACAAAUGAUUUCCCCAAUGCACUUUGAGGUCGUCAUUCAACAAAUCAAUCCUUAAAGAAUUGAAUCAACCAAUCAGGCUAGUGUACAACUCAGACUUAUCUCUAUUUAAACAUUUAGAGUUCAUUCAUAGCCACCAAUGAAGGGUAAUAAAGAAUGUACUUUGUUUUUUUCCUGCGUGAUGAAAUGUUUGUUGUCUUGUGAUAUUCAAGUGUUGACUUUGCCAUGUAUUUCUUCUCCUUGCUUGUAACCAUCAUCAAGUAUGUUGCUGAAAUGUUAAAUAAUCUUUAAUUUGACUGACAGAAAAUUCUACACAAUCACAAAGUAAACAUGUUCAGUUUUGUUUUCAACAACUUUCUUAAAAAUUGUCAUGGUAAUGGGAUGCUUAAGAAAAUUAUUUAUUUAUUUCAGUAGAGACAAUUAUUUUGGAAGUAUUUUUUCUUUAAAAAUAAAGAAACAGAAGUCUGCAAGCA